CUCAGUGUAUUUGCGCUCAGCGUUACUGCAGCGGUACCAUGGACUCCAAGACGACUUUCACCGAAUAAUAACUUUUAAAUUAACUUUAAAGUGUGUAUCUAAUGUGCUCAGGGACGAACAAGACGACCGGGCUGAGAGGAGCAGCUUCUGGAUCUCGGCUGGAAAGUGAAGCUGGUUAAAUUACACGACUUCUCUGCACCGGGAUCAAGACCAGCGAGACACUCGCACUUGUUUAGGAUCCCGCUGGGGUUUGGUCAUCUGCUGGCUUGAGAGCGCUACACUGAGAAGUCACAUCACCAUGGAAACAGUCAUCAGCAGCCGUGGCACAGAUAACCAGUCGACGGUGUUCACGUCGGUCUUCAACGUUAGCUGUCGCUUUGAUGAGGAGUUCAAAUACAUCCUGCUGCCUGUGUCCUACAGUCUGGUGUUUGUUUUUGGCUUCGUGCUCAAUGCCACAGCUUUGUGGCUGUUCCUGAAGAUGCGUCCGUGGAACCCCAGUACAGUGUUCAUGUUCCACCUCGCCCUGUCCGACUUCCUGUACGUCCUCUCCCUGCCCACCCUCAUCUAUUACUACGCCAACCGCAGUCACUGGCCCUUUGGACUGGCUGCCUGCAAAAUAGUGCGCUUCCUCUUCUAUGCCAACCUCUACUGCAGCAUCCUACUUCUGACCUGCAUCAGCGUGCACCGUUAUCUGGGCAUCUGUCACCCCAUCAAGGCACUGACCCUGGUGAAGUCCCGCCAUGCCCACCUGGUGUGCGGCAUGGUGUGGGGCAUUGUGACUGUGUGCCUGGUGCCCAACCUCAUCUUCGUCACCACCUCCAGGAGGGACAAUGAUACCCUGUGCCAUGACACGACCAACCAGGAGUCAUUUGAGGAGUAUGUGGACUAUAGCUCUGUUGUCAUGGUCCUGCUAUUUGGAGUCCCUUUCCUGGUCAUUGUGGUGUGUUAUUGUUUGAUGGCACGGACCCUGUGCCAGCCCAGACGAGGAUUAUCUGCCAGCCAGCAGGGUGCUGCCUCACGUCAGAAGUCCAUCAAGCUCAUCAUUGUGGUGUUGGUGGUGUUUGCUGUGAGCUUUGUCCCAUUUCACAUCACACGGACCCUCUACUACACCUCCCGUGUGUUAGAUCUUAAUUGUAAAUUCCUCAACAUUGUCAACUUUACCUACAAGAUCACCAGGCCGCUGGCGAGUGUCAAUAGUUGUAUUGACCCAAUUCUGUAUUUCCUGGCUGGGGAUCACUACCGGUCCAAAAUGAUGUCUGUUCUGACCAGAAAAAGACAGACGACAAGCAGCCAAACACCUGAACGGGCACAAACACAGCCGAACAACAAUGACGGCAUCGGUCUGGUCUAUAAGAACUCCAAUGGAGAAGCCAAUGGAGAGAUUGAGAGAUGAUGGGAAUUAAAGAUUUCUGCUCCAGGCUAAGAGAACGUUUCUAUUGCAGAAGCACCUGUAUGAUUGUCUUUUUUUUGCACUGAGAGGUUUUGAAGAGAAUCAGUUUACUGUAACAAUUACUUGCAGUAUAUAAUUUCACUCCAUCAAACCUCUGUAAUGCCUAAAGACCAUGUUUUCAUUCACCUCACUUUCUUGAGGUUACUCUGUUCGUAAGAUGAAGUUCAAGUUUGUUUUUACCAAAGAGUCUGUACCCUUUCCUUAACGUGCAGAGGAGUUAUUAGACAAAACUCAACUUAUAACAGACAGCAUUCAUGCUGCUGGAUACUGAAAUGGUGCCUAUGCAGAAGAAACUUUCAAAUUAUGGGAACAGAAAUUGAGAAAAGACUUUCAUCCUGGUUGUCACAGGUGUAUAAAACUAAAUUGUAGAUGAUUCAGUCAGUGAAUUGUUGUCAUCUUGGGCAAUACGAUCAGACACACAUCUAAAUAUUACAGUUUAUGUCUGAGCAAAGAUGACAGAUUAUUGCCACAGAAAUGAGGCAAUCGUUCCUGUUUUAUCAACUAUGUCUGUGUGUUACCCUCAAACUGCAGCUACAACCAGUGCAGCUCCUGACCCCAGCUGUCUUUAUCCGUCAACUUUCACAGCUGUUAUUUGCUCAACUAUGAAGAAAAGCAGAGAGGCUGAUCUGGACGAGACAUAUUUUCCAACAUCCCACGCCUCAUUAGAGGAAUAUGGGAUUUCCACUUUUACCCUUUUACCUUUGGGAUUGAUAAAUGGAAUUUACAGGCCUUUUUCUAUCAGCAAUCUAGGCUGAACUCCUACAUAGUUUUGCAGGAUGUGAAAGCAGAGUUGGAAAGUUUUACCUUAUGCUACAUAGCAUUUUCCCCUCCACCCUUGUUUUUAAUGUUGAUGUAUGGACCUAUGCUGAAACAGAUGUAUACAUCCAGCUCUGAGUCACAUGGUGUUUCCAUGAUAUUAUAUGAGCAAUAUCUUUGCACAUGUUUUUGUAAUUAGUUUGAUAUGUAUCAUAAAGUGGGAGCACAUGAGUUACUGGUGUUAACUGUAUGUCACAUAUAAAGAACUCAUUAUGCAA